AUGGAAGUCAUUAAAGGCGAUAAACUAAGAGAAAGUGAGAAUAAUCUGAAGCUAUGUGGGAAAUUGGUUGGCAAAAGAGUUGUUAUAACCACUGAUGUUGGAUUUAAAUGUGCAGGAUUAGUGAAAGCAAUUGACCCUCUUUCUGGAACAAUAGUAUUGUUACAUUGUGAUGAAGCGGACCCUUCGAAAGUUACUGAUAUAAGAAUAAUAACUGGGCAUUCCAUUGAAGAGGUGAACAUUGAAGCUGAUCAAAAUUCAAAUCAAUUAGUUGCGGAUAUUUUGAAAGAAAAGGAAUUUGAUGAAAAUGAAUUACAAGAUCGUAAAGAAAAGCUUAUCGACUGGUUUAAAAAGAACCGUAUUCCAAUUGUGGAGAAAGAAAAUAAAGAUUUAGUUGUGGCUUCAGUAAUAACAAUAAAACCACCUUAUAGAAAAGAUGAUUGCAGUUCAAGUAAUGUUAUGGUAAUCCGGCGAAUACAAGAUCUUAUGAGCAAAAUGCCAAACUCUGAAUAUGUUACUGAAUGA